GUAGAGCGCUUUAAGCCAGAGGGGUUUGAUGGUUUUCUAUCUGUCUUCCUAGACUAGAGGUUUCACAACAGGGCACUUAUUCCUUUCAGCAACCGGGUUCUCGCGAGACUUGCUACUCUGCUCACCCCCCCCCCCCCAGCUUUGCGCCUGCGCAGAUCUCUUCAAACCAGAAGGUCGCGGUUGGAGGAAGUGGCGGCUUUAGGUCCCGUGGCCGCAGCGCCGUUACUACUUCAGUGAAGCUCCUCUCGGCUGCUUGCCGAGACACCCCACAGCCAAGAUGCCUCGAAUUAUGAUCAAGGGGGGCGUAUGGAGGAAUACCGAGGAUGAAAUUCUGAAAGCAGCGGUAAUGAAAUAUGGAAAAAACCAGUGGUCUAGGAUUGCCUCACUGCUGCAUAGAAAAUCAGCAAAGCAGUGCAAAGCCAGAUGGUACGAGUGGCUGGAUCCAAGCAUUAAGAAAACAGAAUGGUCCAGAGAAGAAGAAGAAAAACUCUUACACUUGGCCAAGUUGAUGCCAACUCAGUGGAGGACCAUUGCACCAAUCAUCGGAAGAACAGCUGCCCAGUGCUUGGAACACUAUGAGUUUCUUUUGGAUAAAGCUGCACAGAGAGACAAUGAAGAGGAAACAACAGAUGAUCCACGAAAACUUAAACCUGGAGAAAUAGAUCCAAAUCCAGAAACAAAACCAGCAAGGCCUGAUCCAAUUGAUAUGGAUGAGGAUGAACUUGAGAUGCUUUCUGAAGCUAGAGCCCGCCUGGCAAAUACUCAGGGAAAGAAAGCCAAGAGGAAAGCAAGAGAGAAGCAAUUGGAAGAAGCAAGGCGCCUUGCAGCCCUCCAGAAGAGAAGAGAACUUCGAGCAGCUGGUAUAGAAAUUCAGAAGAAGAGAAAAAAGAAGAGAGGAGUUGAUUAUAAUGCUGAAAUCCCGUUUGAAAAAAAGCCUGCUCUUGGUUUCUAUGAUACUUCUGAGGAAAACUACCAGGCUCUUGAUGCAGAUUUCAGAAAAUUAAGACAACAGGAUCUUGAUGGGGAACUAAGAUCUGAAAAAGAAGGAAGGGACAGAAAAAAAGACAAGCAACAUUUGAAAAGGAAAAAAGAAUCUGAUCUACCAUCAGCUAUUCUUCAGACAAGUGGUGUUUCUGAAUUUACUAAAAAGAGAAGCAAACUAGUACUUCCUGCCCCUCAGAUUUCAGAUGCAGAACUCCAGGAGGUUGUGAAAGUAGGCCAAGCAAGUGAAAUUGCACGUCAGACUGCUGAGGAAUCUGGCAUAACAAACUCUGCCUCCAGUACUCUUUUGUCUGAGUACAAUGUCACCAACAACAGCAUCGCUCUUAGAACACCUCGCACACCAGCUUCCCAGGAUAGAAUUCUGCAGGAAGCUCAGAACCUCAUGGCCCUGACCAAUGUGGACACUCCAUUAAAAGGUGGACUUAAUACCCCUUUGCACGAGAGUGACUUCUCAGGUGUGACUCCACAGCGGCAGGUUGUACAGACUCCAAACACAGUUCUUUCUACCCCAUUCAGGACUCCUUCUCAUGGAUCUGAAGGGUUGACUCCCCGCAGUGGGACAACUCCCAAACCAGUUAUUAACUCCACCCCAGGUAGAACUCCUCUUCGAGACAAGUUAAACAUUAAUCCUGAGGAUGGAAUGGCAGACUACAGUGACCCCUCUUACGUGAAGCAGAUGGAAAGAGAAUCUCGUGAACAUCUCCGUUUAGGGUUGUUGGGCCUUCCUGCCCCUAAGAAUGACUUUGAAAUUGUUCUGCCAGAAAAUGCUGAGAAGGAGCUGGAAGACCGUGAAAUAGAUGAUACUUAUAUUGAAGAUGCUGCUGAUGUGGAUGCACGAAAGCAGGCUAUACGAGAGGCAGAGCGUGUAAAGGAAAUGAAACGAAUGCACAAAGCUGUCCAGAAAGAUCUGCCAAGACCAUCAGAAGUAAAUGAAACUAUUCUAAGGCCCCUAAAUGUAGAACCACCUCUAACAGAUUUACAAAAAAGUGAAGAACUCAUCAAAAAAGAAAUGAUCACAAUGCUUCAUUAUGACCUUCUACAUCACCCUUAUGAACCAUCUGGAAAUAAAAAAGGAAAAACUGUAGGAUUUGGUACUAAUAAUUCAGAACACAUUGCCUAUCUGGAACAUAAUCCUUAUGAAAAAUUUUCCAAAGAAGAGCUGAAAAAGGCCCAGGACGUUCUGGUACAGGAGAUGGAAGUGGUCAAACAAGGUAUGAGCCACGGAGAACUCUCAAGUGAAGCUUAUAACCAGGUGUGGGAAGAAUGCUACAGUCAAGUUUUGUAUCUUCCUGGGCAGAGCCGCUACACACGGGCAAACCUAGCUAGCAAAAAGGACAGGAUUGAGUCACUUGAAAAGAGGCUUGAGAUAAACAGGGGUCACAUGACAACGGAAGCUAAGAGAGCUGCAAAGAUGGAGAAGAAGAUGAAAAUUUUGCUUGGGGGUUACCAGUCUCGUGCUAUGGGGCUCAUGAAACAGUUGAAUGACUUAUGGGACCAAAUUGAGCAGGCUCAUUUGGAGUUACGCACUUUUGAAGAACUCAAGAAACAUGAAGAUUCUGCUAUUCCCCGGAGGCUAGAGUGUCUAAAAGAAGAUGUUCAGCGACAACAGGAAAGAGAAAAAGAACUUCAGCAUAGAUAUGCUGACUUGCUGCUGGAGAAAGAGACUUUAAAGUCCAAAUUCUGAAGCAUAGUUUAUAUUCUGUCACAAGAUGAAUUAAUUGCUGGUUUUCAUACUCUGGAAGGCUGAAACUGAUGAUUAUCUUCAUUGACAAAUUUACCCACAAUCUGUGGUUUUUCAGUUGUUUGUUUUAAAUGAUAUCAAUCUUACACAGUCUAUGUAUAAAGACUUUAACUCCACAGGACAUUUUAGGGUUUAAAUUAUUAAGAUGAUCAUUCUUUUAGCAGUGUCAUAUUUGCAAAAUUUUUUUAGUUUUGGCCUUUAAUUUUAAAAGCCUGAUUUUAAAGUGCUGCCUGUGAGUAAACUCUUGAAUAAAAACAAAAUGUAAAAAAUUGAGAGUGUAGCCUUUUGUUUGAAGUAAUUAGAUACUUAGAAUGCCCACAAACCAGCAAGUAUGUACUCUGUGUCAUAUUUAAUGAGUAACUCUUGGGUAAUCAAAAUGGUGAUCCAGUAUUUUAAUUCCUUAAGAGGAGUCCUUUUGUGGCUUUGUUAGUUUUAGCAUAGAGUAUUCAUUUCUCAGUACACUGACAAGAUUAACAUUUUAACACCUCAGUUUUUUUGUUUUUUUUUUUUUUUUAGUAUAACUUUAGGGAAGGUCUCUUCUCUGCCCAGCUACUCACACAGUUAUGGAUUAGGACUCAAAAGAUUUAAUUUUUAUCAACCUGUUCUUUUCUUGUAAAUGUCUUUUUGAUAAAGGCAUGUUAAAGAUUAAUUUCAGUAAGACUGUUGGAACUUUUUUAAAGCUUGGUGUUUAUCUUAACAAGUUCAUUACACAAGUGUAGAAUUUGGGGAAUGGGUAGGAGUGGGAAGACCUGACUUUAUAAUUCACAUGAAAUUAUUUGGGACAGUUAUUAAUUGGCUACAAGUUUGGUAUAGACCAACAGUAUGUUGGACUAACCAGGCAGAUGUCCUAAUCUUAAGAAUCCUAGGGACUAAAAGGAGGUAAGGAAGGAUUGAUUCAUUCAUUCAUCAGAUAUUUAUUAACUAUAUACCGGGUGUCAGACUCGUGGAGAUAGAACAAUGAGUAAAAUAGGCAUGACUCCUGUUUUGUGGUGCUUAUGGCCUGUUGGGGAUUUUAGGUGAUUAAAAAUCAGGUGUUUAUCGAGUGACUCUUCGUAUGUGCCAGGCACUUAGUUAAGUGUUGGAGAUAAACUCUCACGGAGAUGACAGUAGGAGGAGGAGAUACUCCGUAUACCAGGAAAAGUAUCAGAUCAUGAACUUAGAUUCUAUGGAGGGAAUUAAAAUAGGGUAAUGGGAGAUAGUGACUGGGUGGCUACUUUAGGCUGGAUGAUCAAAAGAGUCUUUGAGGAGGUAACUUUUAAGAUAAGAUGUGAUUAACAUCUUAGAAGGAGCUAUUCUUGUGGGACUCAAGGAAGAGCAAUACCAGCAGAGUGAAGAACAAGCACAAAGCCCCUUUGGAGUGUUUGAGGAAUAGAAAAGAUGACCAUGUGGCUGGAAUGUCAAGAAUAGCGUUUGAGUAAGGCCUACAUGAAUAGGGGCAUAUUUAUAAGGCCUUGGUAAGAAAUUUAGAUUUUAUUCUAUUAUGGGAAGCUAUGAGAAGAUUCUGAGCAAAGGAAUGACAUGGUUAGAUUUGGUUUAGAGAAAUAUCCUGUGGUCAUACUGCAUAAUGUCUCACUGGCUGAAGACAGGGAAGCCGGUUAGUUGAGGAGCAUAAAGUGGUAAUCAGGCAAACAGCCAUACUGACUCAAACCAGGAUAGAGGCAGUCCUGGUGGGGACAGGUGCAAAAAUUUAAGUGGUAAUAAUUCUGUGGUCUCAUUGGACUAUAUAUUUUUCUAGUAUCUAGCCGCUUAAUUCUAGUACUUGUUUCAGUAAUUUCACAUGGUUUUCUAGGGAACACUUUGAUAUCAUCUAUGAAUAAUGAUAAUGUUUCUUCUAGUAGUUUAAUUUUUGUUGCAUGUUUUGUUGGCAGAAAUGUUUAGAAGAGUGUUAAAUAAGAAUGCUGAUGGUAGACGUUUUAUUUUUGAUUUUAAUGGGAAUGUCCAUAGUAUUUUACUUUUAGGCUGGCUGUUUUGAGUUCUUUAUCUAGAAAGGAAGUACCCCUCCACUUUUAGUUUUUAAAGAACCUGAAUUAGGGGCGACUGGGUGGCUCAGUCGUUAAGCUUCUGCCUUCGGCUCAGGUCAUGAUCCCAGGGUCCUGGGAUCGAGCCCUGCAUCGGGCUCCCUGCUUGGGCGGGAAGCCUGCUUCUCCCUCUCCCACUCCCUGUGCUUGUGUUCCUACUCUCGCUGUGUCUCUGUGAAAUAAAUAGAUAAAAUCUUUAAAAAAAAUAAAAAUAAAUAAUCUGAAUUAGGAUCGGCUCUGGAAUUUUGUCACACAUGCUUUUUGGAUAUCUCUUAAGAUUAUCAGAUGGUUUUUUUCCAUUUAAUUUGUUGAUGACAUAUCAAUAGAUUUUCCAAUGUUAAACCGUCUUUGAAUGCCUGGAAUCAGGUAGAUUAAUUACAAAAAUUUUUUUUUUAAGAGGCGCCUGGGAGGCUCAGUCGUUAAGCAUCUGCCUUCGGCUCAGGUCAUGGUCCCAGGGUCCUGGGAUCGAGCCCUGCAUUGGGCUCUCCCUGCUCCGUGGGGAGCCUGCUUCUCCCUCUCCCACUCCCCCUGCGUGUGUUGUCUCUCUCGCUGUGUCUCUCUCUGUCAAAUAAAUAAAUAAAUAAAAAAUCUUUAAAAAAAAAAUUUUUUUUAAGAUUUACAUUUUACUUGCAUCUUAUGUAGACUUGAAUGAUACGGAUUUAAAAUAGUUGAUCUUGGGGCUCCUGGGUGGCUCAGUCUUUAAGCGGCUGCCUUCGGCUCAGGUCAUGGUCCCAGUGUUCUGGGAUCGAGCCCCGCAUCGGGCUCCCUGCUCCGCAGGAAGCCUGCUUCUCGCUCUCCCUCUGCUUGUGUUCCCUCUCUCGCUGUCUCUGUCAGAUAAAUAAAUAAAAUCUAAAAAUAAAUAAAUAAAUAAAAUAGUUGAUCUAACAAUACUCACUUUGUUUUCAAAAUUUGAAGUAAUGCACAUACUUACAGCCUACAAAAUGACCAAGGUUUGCAUAAUUUCAAAAUUGGCAGUCUCAGUGCAUUGUAGAUGUAUGGCUCACGCUUUUGCCAUAUAGCAGUGCAGCUUUAAUUGGUAAACAGCUCUGCAUCAUCUUUGUUAGUACCCUGUAAAGCCCAGGGUUCUUUACCAGCAGCACUCUGAGAGCGAUUUUGGUAACUUUUCACAUUCACAUUUAUCUUAUUUUUCAUUAACUGGUUGUGUUGAAAAGCAUGUUUAAGUCUCAGUAACUUUGGGACAGAAAUUAAAUAUGAUACAGAGCCCCCCCCAAAAAAAACCCACCAGAAGGAGUGAGAUCUCAUCUUUGAAAUAUUAGAAAUAAUGCUGAGAUAAGAAAAUUCAGUCUCCAGAGAAAAAAUACCUAACAGCACGUGUAGAUUUCUGCUGUCCAACCAUUUUAUCCUCACUAUUUUCACAUCUGUUUUUCUGGGAACCUUAGUUGUGAAGUACGUGAUGUCCUGCAAUGCAUUUCUCCUAAAAUGUGGCUGCCCUAUUGGCCCUGUAAACUUUGAUUUGCUAAUAGGUUAUUUAGGAAAAUUGCAUUUUUUACGUAAGUGAAUUUAGUCUUUUGGGCUGUUAGCUCUUUUUUUUUUUUUUAUAAGUAGGCUCCACACCUAGUGUGGAGCCCAAAGCAGAGCUUGAACUCACAACCCUGAGGUCAAGACCUAAGCUGAGAUCAAGAGUUGUAUGCUCACCGUACUGAGUCACCUAGGCGCCCCAGUCCAAUUUCUGACAUGGAGAUUUUGCUAGCUGUAUAAGGUGAAUAGGAUAACUAUGUAUAUUUUUCUUUGCAUCAAGCAGUUAUUCAUUGGAGGGAUUUGUUCCAUUAAAGAUUGAAGGAUUGAGCUGAGAAACCUUUGAAUUGAGAGCCCUUUUGGGAAGUAAUUUCUUGACAACAGUUUCUUCUGUGACUAUGUUAUCUGUUUUUAAAUUGAAGUAUCUUUAAAUUUGAUUUUAAAAUUUUGUUUUAAAAUGUAUUUCUCCUUUGGUGUUUGUUAUUUGCUAAAUUUAAGUAAUUUAUACUUUUCCAGAAAACUUAAUUUUGUUGAAAUUUUACACAUUUAUUUGCAGAGAGUUUUAAUAGAGAGUAAGAAAUCUCCUAUAUUAAGUUUGUUACUUCUAAGUUACAAGGAAUUGACCUUAAUUUUACCAUUUCCUAUUUUUUCCUUGAUUUGACUUCGCUACAGGUCAUCUUUUUUCCCUUCAAAAAAAACCCAGUGUUUGGAUUUAUCACUUGUCAUUUGUUUUAAAAUAUAUUAAUGUCUCAUUUUAUGUGUAUUUCUUUUGUUUUCUGUAGAGUUUCUUGCCCUGUAACUUUUUGAGUCUGAUGUUUAUUUUUUGUUUUUAUUUGUAUACAAAUGAAGGGUUUUGGUUAUCUCUAAUUUCAGAUACGUUUACAUCCCAGCUACAUUGAUGUGUCUUGUUUUCUAAGUGGUUUAUCAUUGUGUUUUAAAUUUUUGGUUAAAUAAAUUUCUGUGUGGUUGGCUUUUUUCUUUUUUAA